GUAGGCUCUGUCUUUAAGUUCAGUUCAAAAUUUUCGUCCGUUAAGCACUUCCAACACCUUACAUUUUUUCGUGACAUAAGGAGGGUACUGGGGAGUCCUUCCGAAAUGUCCUGCUUAUUUCGCUGCCCUUUAUGCCCUUAUAGUUCACAGUCGCCUUGCAUUUAUCGUCCAUAAUGCGGCGCAUGCGCACCCACAACUUUGUGCGAGACAUCCUAGUUUCGGAGGGUCCUCCGACGCUAACGCCGAGGUUUUACAUCUUGCCCGAUGGAAACAGGUGGCACCUGGAAAAUGUGGAAACUGUGGAAAAUUUGCAGCGAGGAGUGUGCCAGUACCGGCGGCAUAUUAAGGCGGCUGGGGCAGACUGCUUUGCUGUCAGCGCGGAGCGAGUCAAUGACCUGGCUGACGCCGUCCAACUGUCUGCCGAUCUGGAGCCAGCGGCUGGGCCGCAACUGCGUCGCUGCUCGGAGCCAGAACUUCGACGUGGAGCUGACGGGACGACUCUGGUCGCUGUCGGGCGGACUGCAUCCGAGGGCUCCUUGGUUCGACCGGAAGGUGCGUGGGCAUCAAACGCUCGGAUGCUGCGUGGUGGCCUGUUGUGUGGCCAGUACAUUCCGCCACCUUGGCGAGUGGAGCGGAAAGCUGCUGGACGCCAUCGUGGUUAAUGGAAACCGCUACUUCCGCGCCAGCGUGGAGCAGAGCGAGCGUUGGGACCUUCAUUCGGGUGUGGACGAUGCCAGGUGCAACUUGAGCUGGUGGCCUUCGGGCUCCCCAGCCAGUAGAGAAAUGAGUUCGCUAGAGGGCCUCAACUACUUCUUCACGCGCUUUCAGUUUGGCCUGCUGGAGUGCCAGGAGCGUCGCUUCUCCUUCGGGCACAGCUCCAGCCGCGAUGGUGGCUACUUCCUGUUCGACUGUUCCGCGUGGGCCGAAGCCCUAUUCCCGGACGACAUGGGCGCCUUCUACGUGAUGCUGGCCAAGCAUUUGCAGAUGCUACUCUACUGCGUGGUGGUCACGCUCAAUGUGCGGCGCCGAAAUGUCGAGUUCCGGCUUUAUAACGUGGACGUGGCCCGAUUGCCCGGUGAUGCCCGAAAAUGCAGUUGCGAAUCUGAAGGCGAAAAAUGAUAAGCCUUAGUUAUCUGACCCAUUUUGAUUUUAUUAUAGCCAUGCUGACAAUAUAAUUUGAUCGAAAGUUCGCCAGGAAGCAGUAUACGAAUUCUGUGCGACAAAUAAGAGGUACCCCUUAAAC